AUGAAUAUUUCAGCAAACUGCCUCUUCAGUGGUUCCUCCUUAGCAUCCCAAGUGCAUGCUGCUGCUGUUAAUGGAGAUAAGAGUACCCUCCAAAAGCUAAUAGCAGGAAACUCUGAGCUGAAGGAUAAAGAGGACCAGUUUGGAAGAACUCCACUUAUGUACUGUGUAUUGGCUGACAGGCUGGACUGUGCAGAGGCAUUGCUGAAGGCUGGAGCCGAUGUUAAUAGAGCUGAUCGCAGCCGAAGAACUGCUCUUCAUCUUGCUGCACAAAAGGGAAAUUACCGCUUCAUGAAACUUUUACUGGCUCGUAGAGGGAACUGGAUGCAGAAGGACUUAGAAGACAUGACACCAUUACAUUUAACUACACGUCACAAAAGCCCGAAAUGUUUAGCUUUGUUGUUAAAACAUAUGGCACCUGGAGAGGUGGAUACCCAGGACAGAAAUAAGCAAACUGCAUUGCAUUGGAGUGCCUACUACAAUAACCCAGAGCACGUGAAACUUCUGAUAAAACAUGACUCGAAUAUUGGAAUCCCUGAUAUUGAAGGAAAAAUCCCACUUCACUGGGCAGCUAACAACAAGGACCCUAGUGCAAUUCACACAGUGAAAUGUAUUCUGGAAGCUGCACCCACAGAAUCUCUGCUUAACUGGCAAGACUACGAGGGACGAACUCCCCUUCAUUUUGCUGUUGCGGAUGGGAAUGUAGCCGUGGUUGAUGUCCUGACCUCCUACGAAGGCUGCAAUGUGACAUCUUAUGACAACUUGUUUCGAACUCCCCUUCACUGGGCAGCCUUACUUGGUCAUGCACAGAUUGUCCAUCUUUUAUUAGAAAGAAAUAAGUUUGGAACUAUCCCAUCUGAUAGUCAAGGUGCAACACCCCUACAUUAUGCAGCACAGAGCAACUUUGCUGAAACAGUUGAAGUAUUUUUGAAACAUCCUUCUGUAAAAGAUGACUCAGAUCUUGAGGGAAGAACAUCCUUCAUGUGGGCAGCUGGCAAAGGCAGUGAUGACGUCAUUAGGACGAUGCUGACUUUAAAAUUGGAUAUUGAUAUCAAUAUGACGGACAAAUACGCUGGCACAGCAUUACAUGCUGCUGCCCUUUCUGGCCAUGUCAGUACAGUGAAAUUGCUGUUGGAGCAUAAUGCACAGGUGGAUGCUCUGGAUGUCAUGAAGCAUACCCCACUUUUCCGAGCCUGUGAGAUGGGACACAAAGAAGUGAUACAAACACUCAUUAAAGGAGGAGCAAGAGUAGAUUUGGUUGACCAAGAUGGCCAUUCGCCCCUUCACUGGGCAGCCCUGGGAGGGAAUGCUGAUGUGUGCCAAAUCUUGAUAGAAAAUAAAAUCAACCCUAAUGUGCAGGAUUAUGCGGGUAGAACACCUCUGCAGUGUGCUGCUUAUGGAGGUUACAUUAACUGCAUGGUGGUGCUACUGGAAAACAAUGCAGAUCCAAAUAUUCAGGAUAAAGAGGGAAGAACUGCCCUGCACUGGCUCUGUAACAAUGGCUACCUUGAUGCUAUAAAGUUGCUGCUUGGUUUUGAUGCUUUCCCUAAUCACAUGGAGAACAGUGAGGAGAGGUAUACUCCACUUGACUAUGCCUUGCUUGGUGAGCACCAUGAAGUGAUUCAGUUCAUGUUAGAACAUGGGGCUCUGUCUAUAGCUGCCAUUCAGGAUAUUGCUGCUUUCAAAAUUCAGGCUGUCUACAAAGGGUACAAAGUUAGAAAGGCUUUCCAGGAGAGGAAGAAUCUUCUAAUGAAACAUGAACAGCUGAGAAAAGAUGCUGCUGCCAAGAAACGUGAAGAGGAAAGUAAGAGAAAAGAAGCCAAGCUACAGAAAGGGGUGCAGAACGUGGAACAAAACAAGUUUCGAGCACAACAGAGUCCUGCAAAUCGAGAGAAGACUACCAGUGUCUCACAGUUACCCAGCAAACCUGCUGAUACACAGAGUAAGAGACUUCUGUCCCUCAAUGCUUCACAGAUUCAACCAGGGAGAAACAGCAGAGGUUCACCUAAAGCUUGUCACAACAAAGGGACCCCAAAGGAGAGUUGCCAAUCAGCAGAGCCUCUGAGUGAAGGUCAUAAAAUCAGGCAAGAUUCAUUGAGAAAACACGUCAGAAGCAAGUCAAGUUGUGUCCAUUUCCAUCGUGGCAAAGCAAAAGAGGGAACAAAAGUUGCAGUGAAACAUCAGGUUGCAACUGCUACAGAACUGGAUGGAGAAAAGCACAAGGAACACACUGUCGAGGCAACGGGUACUUGUGCUUGGAGGAGCAGGAGGCUUACUAGUUCUGCUUGUAGGACUGCUAGUGUUGGGGAAAAAAUAAGGGACUCAAGUCAGCCUUCAUCUGUCAAGAGGGACCAUUGUGAAGGAGCAGCUGUGUUCUGCAAUCUCAGUUGUACUGGUGGAACCACGAGAAACUCCAAGCAGUGUGAAGCUUCUUCCAAAGGCAAAAGGCAUCAGCAGAAAUCCAGAGCUAAAGAGGUAAAUGAUAAGCGAUGUUCACCAGCUGGUUCUAGCAGACCAGGAAGUGCCAAAACAGUGUUUGUGAGCACCAGAAAUGACAGCAUGCAUGCUGUAGAACAAACUGACAAACUGGGAAAUAAGGAAUUAGCCAAAAAGGUCUCUUUAUUAUCUGCUGAGGCAGAACCUGCCGGAACUGUGCCAAGAAACCCAGUAGCAUGUUCUGCUCCUGGUGACAGUUUGAACUUGGAAAAAACAGGCGUAAUUGGAUCCAGAAAUGCAGAUGAUCAGUUAUGUUCUGUUGGGUGGCAAAGUACAAAUAUUGAACUAAUCCCUUUGGAGAUUCGACUGCAGAUCAUAGAAAAAGAAAGAAAACGAAAAGAGCUGUUUCGGAAGAAGAACUAUGCUGCUACAGUUAUACAGAGGACGUGGAGAAGUUACCAGCUAAGACAGGAGUUGUUUCAGCUUCUUAGUGCUAAGCGGCAGUGCAAGGAAGAUGAAGACAAAUGGAGACAAGAGACAGCUGCCUUCUUCAUUCAGGUUGCUUGGAAGAAACAGCUGAACCAUAGCCCUCUGAAAUCAGUUCCUUCAUGUAAAAAUCUGAAACCCGUAAACAAAACCAGCUCAGCCAUAAAAACCAGCAAGCAGUCCAUCCUAAAGCAGAUCUAUGGACGUUCUCAGGAAGGCAAAGCGUGUCAGUCAACACGACCUCCUCCUAAGGUGAAACUUUCUGAUGUGCAGCUGGUCACAGUAAACAACCUACAGUGUGUUAAUUUGCUGGAGAACAUGGGAAAAUCAAAGCAAUUUUCAUACAACAUGAGACCAACCACUGCUGCAAAAUCAAAGAAUACAAGACCUAAGCACUAA